AUGAAACGGCGGGCGCCCUUUAAGAUUCCUUCAACUAUUCAUAAAACAAACCCAUCAGCAAAUGCAAUUGCUUCAAAACAAACUGAAUUGGAACAGAGUGAAAAGCCACUGAGAGUAUUCUCCAUACUAUGGAGAAAAAUAACAUUCAAAAAACACAAGACUUGGGAAGGAGACGGGAUUCUGGUCAUCCAAGGGAAUCAAUGCAGUAUUCAUAAUUUGGAUGGAGAACGCUUGGGCGGCUCGAGUAUUCGUGGAAUCGACUUUUCAAUCGGUUCUGUUGUUAGAGUAUCUGGAAAAGAAAUAUCACUUGAAAAUACGAUUACUGAGGAAGAGUAUUUCAAAGGGAGCUUUCUAAAUACGACAGUUAGUAUCGAACCAGUUAAACCAGAAAAAAAGUUAAAUACGGCUUUUGUUAUGCCAUUGUCCAAAGAGGGUCAAGAAAAGUUGCACAAGAAAAAGCUUCCUGUUGCAAGGCAUGAUCCAAACGCUCCAGAUGCACUUGUUAUGGAACGUAUGCAACCUUGGGAUGAAAUGAGAAAUGUCGAUGUAGUCAUUGACCCAAGACUGGCAAAAAUACUUCAACCUCAUCAAAAAGAAGGUGUGUCUUUUCUUUACAACUGUCUUAUGUCCAUUGGAAGACAUAAUUCAUACGGAGCCAUUCUAGCGGACGAAAUGGGUCUUGGAAAAACGUUACAGACAAUAACUGUACUAUGGACUUUACUUAAGCAAAAUCCUAUAGCAAACGCAGCACCUCCUUUAAAGAAAAUUAUGAUUGUAUCACCUGUGACAUUGUUACAGAAUUGGAAAAACGAAUUUAUAAAAUGGCUUGGUACUGAACGCAUUCAUGUGAUGAUUGCCAAAUCAACUGUUGAAUUUAAGGAGUUUAUCGGUAAUGUUUCCUAUUCUGUCGUUCUUGUUGGUUAUGAAAAGGUUCGGUCUUUUUUACAGGACAACAUCGAUUGUGACAAAAUAGAUUUAGUUGUUUGCGAUGAAGGCCAUCGACUAAAAUCGAUGAACAGUCAAACCGGAAUAGCUUUACAGAAGUUAAAAACAAAACGCAGGCUAUUAUUGACAGGAACACCGAUACAAAAUGACCUCAUGGAGUUUUAUGCAAUGGUGAAUUUUAUUAUGCCUGGAGUACUGGGCAGUCAAACUUCAUUCCGUUCACAGUAUGAAUUACCAAUCCUUCGCAGCAGACUUGUGAAUGCAUCAACAAAAAACGUCUUGUUAGGCAAUGCACGACUCGAAAGGCUGGCUCGAUACGCGAGUACGUUUGUUCUACGACGAAAAAUAGAUGUUCUAAGCGAGACAUUGCCACCGCGAACCGAUGUCACUAUUUUCCUGAAACCUUCUAGAUCUCAGGAACUCCUUUAUGAAGAACAUUUAGAUAAAUUCUGGAAGGACCGUACACUUGAAAACGAGAAAACAUUUCCAUUGAGUACACUCACUGAAUUGAAUUGUUUAUGCAAUUCUACUCGACUUAUCCAACAUCAAGAAAAUACGGAUUUAUCUUUAAACGAUUUGAUUGCUUCGUCAAGCAAAUUCGAAUUCUUAAAAAGCUUGCUAUUAGAAUUCAAAAAUUCUCAAUUAAAAUGUGUGAUUGUUUCCCAAUUCACUGAAACAUUAAAUUUGAUUGAAAUACUUCUUAAACACUUAUUAAUCACACAUUGCCGUCUUGAUGGAAGUACACCGACCAACACACGACAGAGCCUUGUUGAUCAAUUUAACUGUUCAACUUAUGAACAUCUGUCCGUUUUCUUGCUCUCAAACAAAUCUGGCGGAGCAGGGUUAAACCUAGUUGGUGCGAAUCGACUAAUUCUAUUUGAGCCCAGCUGGAACCCGGCUUAUGAUUUACAGGCUUUAGGUCGAAUCUAUCGUUAUGGCCAAAAUCGAAGUGUUUUGAUAUACACAUUGUUAAGUACUGGCAUGCUUGAUGAGCAAAUCUAUAUACGUCAACAUACAAAAACAGGACUGUCCAAUGCAUUCAUGGAUUCCGACACAAGUACACUAAAAUACAAAUUUCAAAUGAAAGAUAUGAAAAACUUGUUUUCGUACCACAAACCUAAAACCUGUCUAAUGCACGAAUUGAUUACCAAAACCGCAUCAGUGCUUACUGAAAAUAACUCGAAGCGAAUUAAUCACUGCAAAAACGAAGACAUGAAUGAUUCGACGAAUAAUAAUGUUUUGGAAAACAAAGAAGAUGAAUAUAAAAAGGAAUGGAGACCCGCGCGAUUAUUAAAUGAAAACUUGAGCGAGAAUACGCUUGAGCCGAUCGUGUUGCUCGAAGGUUGGAAUCAUUACAACCUAAGCGAUGAAGGGGUUCAUUCGUCGAAAGAAAUUAAAUGGAUUCCGAAAGACAGUAUGCAUUUGUGUGCAUACGUCCUUGCGAAAACUCUGAAAAGUACAAAGUCUUCCGGCAGUGAAUAA